AUGGAUAAGCCUGUUAGGCAUUCUAGGGAAAUGUCUGACAUGGCCAGACUUGAUCUGGAACGUGUCGAUCGGCCAGGGAAAAUAAUAAAGAUAAGCAAGUGUGAUAGUUGGAACCUGACCAUACUGGGGAAGGAAUCCGCUCUCAGAUUAGGCGGUGGAUUUGGGAUAAUGUAUGGUCUUGUGUGCAGGUUGAUUGUGUUUGGUCUGUUAGGAGGUAGAGAAAAAAGCAAAGAGAAAGGCACAGCGGCCUUGUCAGGAGAUCAUAGUAGUAACUACUGGACAGUAAAUAGGGACUGUCUGCCUUGA